AUGCCUUCGAUGAUGGGUUCCCAUGGCGUAGCCUUGGCGACGGCGGUGGCGGUUUCCGGCACUGUCGUUCUCCUGGGGUUCUGCCGGCAGAAGUCGCCUUCCCCCCCGCAACUGGACGCCGUCGCCGGGGAGGAUUCCCUCUUUCCUCUUUCCUCAUUACGGUCCUCCAUCUCUGGUAAUUGGCGGAUCAGAUAGAUCAGUUCCGUGGAUUUCUGUAGCCGGUUGCGUCCACCUUAACUAGGGUUUUCUGAAAUUUCACAGAUGCAACGAAGAGGACAUCUGGGAGGACGAUGCCGGCCACGUCGACGAAUAAGGAGGACGAGGAGACUAAGAAGAAAAAGAAGCAGCAGCAAAAGAAGAAGAGGGUCCAUUUUGCCGAGCAGGUGGUCGAGCUGCACGUCCAAGAUGAAGAAGGCGACGCGAGGGUAGAGAAGAUGUCGGAGGUCUCACCCCUCCGCUACGGUGGGUCGGAAAUUGGACGGGGGAUAUCACGAGGAAUGCCGGCCAACCGGACGGCCCUGUAUAAUGGGAUCCUCCGGGAUCGCCAUUACCAUAUGGCGUGA